AUGUCUUCGUCCGACAACAGUUCAGACAAUAAUGAUGAUUUGUUCAUUGAUUUCGAAGAAGUAUCUAUUCCACGUUCAAUUCGUUUUUGGAUUAUGCUUUUGUUCAACAUCUCAUCAAUAAUUUGUAGUUUUUGUAUACUUAUUCAUAUAAUUUAUAAUCGAGCUCAACGAUAUGCAUUGCAUAAUCAUGCUAUUCUUCUUGUAUUAAUCAUGGCUUUACCUAUUCAGUUGAUAGAUAUUAAUUUUUAUCUUGUAUUCUAUCAUUAUGGUUCUAUUCAACCAUCGAAACCGUUUAUGUGUCUGUUAUGGUGGCUCACUGAUUAUGGUUGUUAUAGUGGAUGCACUAUUCUGAUCGCUUGGUUAGCCAUCGAACGAUACAUUUUGAUAUUUCACGAUCGAUUGGUUUCAAAUCGAAGAGGACGAUUUCUUUUUCAUUAUUUACCUUCGAUUAGUAUAGUGGCGUAUAUCGUUGUGUUCUAUAUCAUUUCUAUUUUAUUUCCACCUUGUGAAAAUGAUUAUAUCUAUACGUUGCCAGCGUGUGGUGCUGCACCAUGUUACCAAUCAUAUGGUGUUCUGGCUAUAUGGGACGGUUUUGUUAAUAAUACCACACCAACUAUCUUAGAGAGCAUUGUAAAUAUCGGUCUUAUUUUACGUGUUCAAUGGCAAAAACGACGACUUCGUCAGUCUAAUCAAUGGCGUAAACAACGGCGAAUGAUUAUUCAAUUAUGCUUGAUUUCAGGCCUUAAUAUGUGUUUAAAUCUCCCAUUAAUAACAUUACUUUUGGUACAUUUCUUUGGCCUACCACCGGAAUAUGGUGCCCAACCCCAACUUUAUUUCUUGUUUCUUGGCUACUUCGUUUUUUUUCUCUUUCCAUUCGCAUCGUUAUGUCAGUUUCCAGAUUUGCGUAAAAACCUUACAAAGAAAAUAGUUGAUAUACUUCCACGACAACAACCGCAUACAGCUACUGUUGCAACUAUAGCGAGAGCUAUUCCAACGAAUAGAUUGGCUUGA